AACACCGCCCCGCCAUAUUUGUUGAAGUUAAGCCUGGGACAGACCCGGUUCGGGUUCGGCAGUACCCAAUACCCCUAGAGGCCAAAGAGGGGAUUACGCCCCACAUCCGCCGGCUUCUAGACCAAGGAGCUCUACGCGCCUGCCACUCGCCGUGGAACACUCCGUUGUUACCUGUUUGUAAACCUAAUAGUAAAGACUAUAGGCCGGUGCAGGAUUUGAGAGAAGUCAACAAAAGAGUCAUGGACAUACACCCCACCGUACCCAACCCAUAUACCCUCUUAAGUACUUUGAACCCUGAAAAACAGUGGUAUACUGUCCUUGAUUUAAAAGAUGCUUUUUUCAGCCUACCCUUGGCUCCCAAAAGUCAAGAGCUUUUUGCAUUUGAAUGGACAGACCCCGAGACGGGUAUAAACGGCCAGCUAACAUGGACCAGAUUGCCAUAGGGAUUCAAGAACUCGCCAACCCUGUUCCACGAAGCCCUCCACGAAGAUCUGGGUGAGUACCGACGGCAACACCCUGAAAUAACUCUUUUGCAGUAUGUUGAUGAUCUUUUAGUAGCGGCCAAAUCCCCGGAAGCCUGUGUUCAAGGAACCGAAGACCUCCUAAAGACUUUGGGGAAGCUAGGCUACCGGGCCUCAGCAAAAAAGGCUCCAAUCUGCAAAUCAGAGGUAACCUAUCUGGGAUACCUGUUAAAAGGGGGGCAACGUUGGUUAACCAGUGCCCGGAAAGAGACAGUCCUACGUAUCCCUAGACCCCAAUCAACGCGACAAGUAAGAGAAUUCCUGGGGUCGGCGGGGUUCUGUAGGUUAUGGAUACCCGGGUUUGCAGAGUUAGCCAAGCCCCUAUACCAGGCAACAAAGGAACAGCAGCCCUUCAAUUGGACGGAAGAGGCUGAGUUGGCCUUCCAACGGAUCAAAACCGCUCUGUUAUCAGCCCCCGCGCUGGGACUCCCUGAUGUCUCCAAGCCCUUCCACUUAUACGUGGACGAAAGCAGGGGCGUUGCCAAAGCGGUAUUAACUCAGUAUUUAGGCCCCUGGCGGAGGCCAGUUGCCUAUCUGUCAAAAAAAUUGGACCCAGUAGCCGCAGGAUGGCCUCCCUGCCUCCAAAUAAUCGCAGCAACUGCUUUGAUGGUGCAAGAUGCUGAUAAACUGAUCAUGGGCCAGGAACUACGGGUCACUACUCCACAUGCCAUCGAAGGCGUUCUCAGACAGCCGCCUGAUCGAUGGAUUAGCAAUGCCCGGCUCACCCACUACCAGGGGCUACUGCUAAACCCCCUCAGGAUAACCUUCCUGCCCCCAACGACCCUGAACCCUGCGUCACUACUGCCAAAUCCGGACUUAGAAACCCCGUUCCAUGACUGCUCCGAGAUAUUGGCCCAGGUGCACGGAGUCAGGGAAGACCUGCAAGACCGCCCACUGCCCGACGCCGACCUCAUCUGGUUCACCGAUGGGAGCAGUUUCGUCUACCAAGGACAAAGAAAGUUCAUGAGGAGGUCUGGCCUAACCUAAGAGAGCUGUACAAAACAGGACCUCCACCCGAACCACAUCAGUUCCAGCCAGGAGAUUGGGUUCUCAUCAAACGCCAUCAGCAAGAGACCUUAGAGCCGAGGUGGAAAGGACCGUUCCAGAUAAUCUUGACAACACCAACUGCACUCAAGGUGGAAGGAAUCGCCACCUGGAUCCAUUACACACAUGCCAAACCAGUGGAUCCAGUCUCGGACCUCGUCGGACCGCCAGCGACCUGGACGAUCGACCGGACUAAAGACAAUCCUUUAAAACUCACCUUGCGCCGUCAACAACCUAAACUGUAAAUAUGAUAUCCCGUUCCCUCACAACGCUUUUGCUUGUACAGGCCUUUAUCUGGGAGACCCAAUCACAGGGGGCCUCAUCCCCGUUUGCUUGGCGUUUUUACUUAACUGAGAAUUGGACCGACCAUGCCCAGACACAAAAAGAGAGCCAGGUCUUGGCAACGGCUGACUGCCACCCUGCAGGGUGUCAAACGGCCAUCUAUCUAAAUUUCUCUGAUAUUGCCGCACAACCGGGAAAGGUCACCCCCACUAUCUGUUUUCUCUUUGACCAACAAAUCACCUAUUGUAAAGAUUCUUGGGUCGAACAGAAUGUCGGUUGUCCUUAUGGGUCCUGUGAAAGCCACACUGCCAAAACUCUCACAGCUUCCGAGACCCUCUCCAGACAACGCUAUAACUCUCAUAAUUUUUUCAAAACCAACUUAGGAUAUACAUGGGUUGUCUGGGAUCCGUGGGACUCCCGCUGGACCACCCGACAGAAAGGGGCCAUGUACAUGACCCCAAAAACAAUGUGGCCCAGCAGCCGCCUUUACCUUUGGCGCUCUCUUGUUCAGAUCCAAACCACCCUCCACGCUACAAUCCAGAAACAGGAAAAAGAACUAAACAUACAACUCUCAGCCUUAACUUCCCCCCUCCCCUUCUCUUGGUUAUCUCUACUAAGAGUGGGAUUACUGCUUGCAAAUGCCACCGGUCUAGGCAAUCUCUCCGCGUGCUUCUUCUGUGCUGCCCUAGGGCGACCACCCCUGGUGGCCGUCCCACUCACGGGCCCCUUCAAUAAUUCUCCUACAAACAGCUCAGGACCCUUCCUCCUCUCUGGUGUCCCCCUAUUCUUGAGCCCCGGGCAAACACAGGUCUCAUUCUGCUACUCAAAUGCUAGCACCUCCCUCUGCAAUACGACCUCUUCUCCUAACACAACCCUGUUCGCCCCUCAUGGUUCUUUCUUCUGGUGCAAUGGAACGCUACAUAAAAAUCUUUCCACCCAGGCCACUAAGACCCUCUUAUGCCUCCCUGUCACACUGGUUCCCCAAUUAACCUUACGAACCCCUGCAGAAUACCUGGGAUGGGACAACAUAUGGGACAGCAUACCAUCCCCCAGAACAAAACGGGCUAUAUUUCUUCCCCUGGUGGCCGGCAUCUCACUCGCCACAUCCGUAGUUGCAGCAGGACUGGCGGGAGGGGCCCCAGGCCAUUCUCUACUCACAACUGCUAAACUCUCCCAACAAUUCUCCAUAGCUAUGGAAGCCUCUGCCGAAUCCCUAGCCUCCUUACAAAGACAACUAACUUCCCUCGCCCAGGUUACCUUACAAAACCGAUGCGCCCUAGACCUACUAACAGCUGAAAAAGGGGGAACUUGUCUCUUUCACAAAGAAGAAUGUUGUUUUUACAUAAAUGAAUCAGGGUUAGUAGAGACACGGGUCCAACAGCUACACAAACUCAGCAUAGAAUUACAACAACAAAAGUUUACCUCUGCAGCUGAUAGUUGGUGGGCAUCCUCCAUGUACUCCCUCCUAAUGCCCCUCAUGGGGCCACUACUUAGCCUACUCCUCCUCCUUACCGUAGGGCCCUGCAUAAUAUCCAAAAUUAUAAACUUUAUUAAAGAUAGAAUCAACACAGUCCAACUAAUGGUCCUUAGAGCCCAAUACCAGCCCGUCAUGACAACAGAAUCAGUAUAAGACCCAAGAUUGGCUCUUAAAGGUACCAGAGACAGGGGGGGAUGAAAAGACUAAAAGGCAGAAAUGAAAUCCACAG